CAAAAUAUGUCAAAUGACCUUGCUAGUUUGUAAACAUUACUUCGGUAAAACAUAUUGAAAUAUUCUCAUUAAUCUUGAGGAUUUUGCAUCAAUCAAUCACUUUUUUUCGUAAACUAAGCAAUACCUGUGUGAGUACAAAAUGAAUAUCGAUUUUGAAACAAUGGCAGUGCUAGAAGAGGAAUCUCAAAACGAGUCCAUAGACGGCGUAUACGGGUCGCUCGGCGCGUCGGGUCCGGAGACGGAGCGCCGCGAGAGCGGGAAGCGCGGCCGGCGGCCUGGCAGGAAGGCGCAACUCGACAAGCAGGACAUGAAAGCCAAGCUGGAGCGCAGUAGGCAGUCAGCGCGCGAGUGUCGCGCCAGGAAGAAGCUCCGGUACCAAUACUUGGAGGAGCUGGUGGCUGACAGGGAGCGCUCCGUGCUCGCACUCAGGAAGGAGCUCGACAAGUAUUACAAAUGGAACCAAGAGCUGGACCAGGGCCGUAUGCCCGAGGGCCUGGAAGCGAUGCUCCAAGAGCUAGGCGUAGUGAAACAGGAGGAGAAACCGUUCUAGGCCUGCCGAGGUUCCCUGCUAUCUCCCCCUUGGAGCAAAUGAGGUAAAAUCUACCAAAAAUCU